UGGGAGUUUACUGCUGGACAUUUAACGAGACCGACUCCUCCACACAAUUAACUUUAACAACUCACUCGGGUCGAUCCACUUUUUUAAUUAACGUCAUUAUUUUUUAACUGUAGUUGGUAGUAAGUAGGGAAGCCAUAAAGAUAUACGGACACGGACGGUUACAGUUGGAUGGGAGUUAUUAUGGUAUGAUUUUGUGAAUUGCAAAUCCAACAAGUUAAAAAACGACCAGUUGUUGAUUUAUUAAACUGUGAUUAAGUCUUAACGAACGUGGUGAAUUAUUAAUUAAACGUCUGGUGGAGAAGUUCUGUCAAAAAGUUAAUCAUUCAUAUAAUUUUGGUAAUCCGCUUAUGUUAAGAAAAAGAGCGAGACUUACAUACUGUUCACAGUUGGUGAUUUGGUCUCGGUGUACGUGAUUAUCUCGGCUGAGGACAGAAAAGAACAUUAACUGGAAUCCAAAUAGUUUCUUAAACUCUGGUCACAGUCAUCUUUGUUGAGUACUGCUUUAAGAAAAUCCGGAUAAUAAGGAUACAAAAUGAACUUUUUCGGGUUUGGUCCCUCUGCCGAGGUUGAAAUUGUCCUGGAUGGCCAGGAAAGUCGGAAAACGGCCGAAAUCAAGACAGAAGAUGGUAAAAAGGAGCGACACGCAUUAUACUAUGAUGGCGAAACUGUUGCGGGGAAGGUCAAUAUUCAACUAAAAAAGCCCGGAUCCCGCCUCGACCAUUACGGCAUCAAGGUCGAACUUAUCGGUCAGGUCGAACUUUAUUAUGAUCGCGGAAACCAUCACGACUUCCUCAACCUGGUGAAAGAACUGGCUCGUCCGGGUGACCUUUUUCAACACACCAGUUACAACUUUGAGUUUGUAAAUGUUGAAAAACCAUAUGAAUCUUAUACCGGAUCAAAUGUCAAGUUGCGGUACUUUCUCCGGGUCACGAUCGUCCGGAGGUUGUCGGACAUUGUGAAGGAACGCGACCUCAUCGUCCACACUUUGUCGGCCUACCCAGAAAUGAAUUCUAGUAUAAAAAUGGAGGUCGGAAUUGAGGAUUGUUUGCACAUUGAAUUUGAAUAUAAUAAGAGCAAGUAUCACUUGAAAGAUGUCAUCGUGGGGAAGAUUUAUUUCCUCCUGGUUCGCAUAAAGAUCAAACAUAUGGAAAUUGCGAUUAUCAAGAGGGAGACAACAGGGACAGGGCCGAAUACGUUCAACGAGAACGAGACAAUAGCCAAAUACGAAAUCAUGGACGGGGCGCCAGUGCGCGGUGAAAGCAUUCCCAUCCGCGUCUUCCUUGCCGGUUACGACCUCACCCCAACCAUGAAAGAUAUCAACAAGAAGUUCUCCGUCAGAUAUUACCUGAACCUGGUGCUGGUAGACGAGGAGGACCGUCGCUACUUUAAGCAGCAAGAAAUCGUGCUAUGGCGCAAGGGUGAAAAGACCCGGAAACCAUUCCAAGCCUCCCUCCAACAGCAGUACAAGCAAAUGCAGAACCCCAACGUGCAGUUUACCUCGUCAGACUCGUCCCUCAAAAGUGCCGCCGCCGUGGGGGCCGGGAAGGACCACACUAAUCACAAGACCAGUGCCCGUUCCCCCCUUGAAGACAGCUCUUCGUCCGAGCAGCCCACUCCAGAUAAGGAAUUCCGCUCCGUGAUCAAUAGUGCCGACGUGAACAGUCCGGUGACCUCUCCGCUGAGUGAGGAGGGUCCACCUGUCCCGCCCCCUCCUACCGACCAAACCCCACCACCACAUGCCAAUGAGAAGAAUGACAGUAACGCCGACGACGUAGAGACGGCAGAUAACGGCCCAACCAUGAACAAUUCGUCACCCUCGCCCGACCAAAAAGUAGUUGAUGUUGACGAAAAUCAAGAACCCAAGACUGUGACAGAUCAGGGAGUCGAAGUUGAAGAUGUGGAAACGCCGCCGCCACCAACAAAUUCGACACCAACCCCACCCACCGCGACGGCGGCGGGAACUAAGAGUAGUAAGAAGAGUAACAAGAAUCGUAAUAAAUCUAAAUCGUCGCCAGUACCCGUCGCGGAGGCGGCGGACUAGCUAACACUGGAAUUUACAGUUACAAUUUAGUUAGUGAAAAGUGAUGAAAGUAUAUAAUGAGGCAAUUCACGCGGACUUUUGCAUUGUUUGUGUAACCGAGUAAACUAUCUAGAUUACAGACGGCUCUUGAUGUUGUAAAGGUUUGUAAAUAAUUUUACAAAACUUUCACAGUUGAGAUUCUCAACUUGAGAAACACCUGCAUGAAUUGCCUCAUUAUAACUUAAAUAAUAUGCAAACUUGUUUUUGUUUGUUUUGUUAUGAAAUGAAGCAAAAAUCGUGUCAAAAAUGGGCACCGUAUGUAUCCUGAAAUAAUGACAUUAUAUGAUUCACAGACACACAGAUAGGGUAAUUUAAUUACUAACAAUAAGUUAAUUAAAUAUUAAUUGAUGAGUUGGUUGGCUUUAUACUAUUUCACUGUGUUGAUUACUGCUUUAUUAUGGAGGAGAAAAAACAGCCUCGAUAAACAACAAUCAACAAACUGCAAGAUAUUUAAUAACUGAGAAGAAAUGUUGCAAAAUUAAGUACAUGUAGUUAAAGUUAAUAAUUAUGCAAAAUGAAAACUAUCAGCAAUUUAUUAUAUUAUAAAACAUAUUCUAUGAAGAAGAUAAAUAAACCGAGAAGCAAAAAUAGGAAA